AUGACGCCACCCCUCCUGUCGAAACCCAAAACUAACGAACCUUUGCAGCUUUAUAUCGCCGUCAGCGCUGUGGCUGUCAGCGCAGUCCUGACGAGAGAAGACGACGAAGCUGGGCAGCUCCCGGUUUACUAUGUAAGUAAAACCCUACUCCCAGCCGAGGUAAGAUAUACGUCCCUAGAAAAAUUAUCCCUCGCUUUAAUCACUGCUGUUAAAAAGCUAAGGCAUUAUUUUGAAACCCACCACGUAGUGGUGAUGACUAAUUAUCCGCUUAAGUCUGUUUUAAGAAAACCAGAUCUGACAGGAUGUCUGGGCAAGUGGAGCAUUUCCUUGAGCACGAUGGACAUCGAGUACCAACCCAGAAAAGCAAUAAAAUCCCAAGCCCUGGCAGAUUUUGUGGCUGACUUCAACCCCGACUUACAGGCCAUAGCUGACAAAGAGGUAGAGGAAAUCAACAACGUGCGGAGCGAAAGCAAGUGGAUCUUGUUCGUCGAUGGCUCGUCCAACCAACGAGGAGCUGGCCUGGGAAUGGUGCUUAAGUCACCACAAGGGGACAUGAUAGUAAGGUCUAUAUCUUGUGAUUUUAAAGCAACUAACAAUGAAGCAGAGUAUGAAGCUUUGAUUGCAGGAAUGGCAGUCGCAAAAGACUUAGGUGCCACAGCCUUGGAUGUAUACAGUGACUCCCUCCUCGUCGUCAGCCAGAUAACAGGUGACUUCGCAGCAAAAGAUUCCGAAAUGACAGCAUACCUCGACAUAGCCAAAGAAAAAGCCAAACAUUUCGAACCUUUCACCAUCUCGCAAAUCCCAAGAAAUCAAAAUGCCCAAGCCGACGCACUGGCAAACCUAGCCUCCGCCCUCAAAAAGACCACUUUCACAAACAUCCCCUUAGUCCAUUUGCAAAAGCCAUUUGUAUCCUUCAAAGAAAUCCUACUAGUCGACGACAUCAAUAAUGACGACGACUGGACCAAACCCAUCAUAGACUACUUGACCAAAGACAUCCUUCUAAAUGACAAGGCAGAAUCACGAAAACUUAAAUACAAAGCCUCCGGAUACCACAUCAUUGACGGAGUCCUGUUCCACAAAUCAGCGUCGGGGUUAUCCCAAAGAUGCAUCCAAAAACAUGAACAACAAUCCAUCUUUAGCCACUUGCACGAUGGGAUAUGCAGUAGUCACGUCGGGGGGAGAAGAUUAGCCAAAAUCGCAAAAUGA